GCGGCACUGUCGCUCAGAAUCAGUUCCUACUUCCGCCUCCUCCCUCCCUUUCCUGUGAGGGGCGAGCGGCGCGAGGCGAGGAGUGCGGUCGCUGGGUUUCCCGUUUUCAUCGUACUGAAAAAAGAAAAAAAUGGUCAACGUACCUAAAACCCGAAGGACUUUCUGUAAGAAGUGUGGCAAGCAUCAGCCUCACAAAGUGACCCAGUAUAAGAAGGGCAAGGAUUCCCUGUAUGCCCAGGGGAAGAGGCGCUAUGAUCGGAAGCAAAGUGGCUAUGGUGGGCAGACAAAGCCAAUUUUCCGGAAGAAAGCUAAAACCACGAAGAAGAUUGUGCUACGGCUUGAAUGUGUUGAGCCCAACUGCAGAUCCAAGAGGAUGCUGGCCAUUAAGAGAUGCAAGCAUUUUGAACUGGGUGGAGAUAAGAAGAGAAAGGGCCAAGUGAUCCAGUUCUAAACUUGGGGAUUUUCUUUUCUUUUGUUGGCUCUUAAUUUUGGGGCAAAUAUGUUGAGGCUUUAUAAAAAUUAACCUGUAGGAAAAUAAAUACAGUGAUAUUCAUA